CCUUCUUUCUCUGGGACCCUAACAUAGUUUGCGAUGGAGCUUUCUUACCAGACCCUCAAAAUUACCCACCAGGCGCGGGAAGCGUGCGAGAUGAGGACAGAAGCACGGCGGAAAAAUCUCCUUAUCUUGAUUUUGCAUUAUUUAACGCAAGAAGGAUAUUUGGAUGCAGCCAAUGCUUUGGAGCAAGAAAGUAAAUUUGGGUUACGACGCUUUGAAGUUUGUGACAACGUUGAUCUUGAAACUAUUUUGAUGGAAUAUGAGAGCUAUUAUUUUGUAAAAUUUCAGAAAUACCCCAAAAUUAUCAAAAAGACACCAGAUACAGCUGAAAAUAAUCUACCACCAAGAAGUGGAGGGAAGGCCAGAAGGAUGAUGAAUGACAGUUGUCAAAAUCUCCCCAAGAUUGAUCAGCCAAGGCCUCGGUCCAAAACCACAGUGGGGAAACCAGGGGACAGCAGAUCACCCCACAAGGAGAAUCCCAAACAGCAGGCUGUCCAUAACUCGAGCGUGGAGAGUGCUAACUUUGGCUUGAACGUAUCUGGAAUCAGCAAAGGCUCUGGAGAAGAAAGGGUUCGCCCCCAGAAAGGUCAAAUCAUUGACUUCCGAGGGCUGCUCACAGAUGCCAUCAAAGGAGCCAGUAGUGAACUUGGCCUGAACAGCUUUGACUGUAACCCAGACCCCUCAGAGCGAUUGCUGAAACCUCUGAGUGCAUUUAUUGGCAUGAACAGUGAGAUGCGAGAACUGGCAGCUGUGGUAAGCCGGGACAUUUAUCUCCAUAAUCCAAACAUAAAGUGGAAUGACAUUAUUGGACUUGAUGCAGCCAAGCAGUUAGUCAAAGAAGCUGUUGUGUAUCCUAUCAGGUACCCACAGCUAUUCACAGGAAUUCUUUCCCCCUGGAAAGGACUACUGCUCUAUGGCCCUCCAGGUACGGGAAAGACUUUACUGGCCAAAGCUGUAGCCACAGAAUGCAAAACAACUUUCUUUAACAUUUCUGCAUCCACCAUUGUCAGCAAGUGGAGAGGGGAUUCAGAAAAACUUGUCCGGGUGUUGUUUGAACUUGCCCGCUACCAUGCCCCCUCCACUAUCUUCCUGGACGAGCUGGAGUCGGUGAUGAGCCAAAGAGGCAUGGCUCCUGGGGGAGAACAUGAAGGAAGCCUUCGGAUGAAGACGGAGUUGCUGGUGCAGAUGGAUGGGCUGGCUCGUUCAGAAGACCUGGUGUUUGUCUUGGCUGCCUCUAACCUGCCGUGGGAGCUGGACUGUGCCAUGCUGCGCCGCCUGGAGAAGAGGAUUCUGGUGGACCUCCCCAGCCAGGAGGCCAGACAGGCCAUGAUCCACCACUGGCUGCCCCCUGUGAGUGAGAGCACAGCCCUGGAGCUGCGCACAGAGCUGGAGUACGGGCUGCUGAGCCAGGAGACGGAAGGUUACUCAGGCUCAGAUAUUAAGUUAGUUUGCAGGGAAGCAGCCAUGCGACCGGUGAGGAAAAUCUUCAAUGAACUUGAAAACCACCACUCAGAGAGCAGCCAUUUACCUGGAAUCCGGCUGGAUACAGUGACCACUGCCGACUUUUUGGAUGUGCUGGCUCAUACCAAGCCUUCAGCAAAGAACCUGACUCAGAGAUAUUCAGCCUGGCAGAGAGAGUUUGAAUCUGUCUAAAGGCGCAUGUCCCUCCACCUGAUCACAGAGACAACCUAGAGACCUCCGUCCUGGUUUAUUAGUUAAAUGAGUGACAAGCAUAAUGUUUGAAAUAGAAAAGAUAAAAUUAUCCCUAAAGA